CUUCAUAGGACCACAGAUUUCCACUUGAGAGUUGAGAGUCUUUAGAUUUUCAUUUUUUCGGUUAAGUUUCCAGAAUUUUUCCUCUUGAGUCUUGAUCUUUACAUGUUUCAACUCUGGUUCAUUCUCAUACUUUACCAUUUUCAGUUCUUCAUACUACACUUUGAAAAUUAAAAUCGGUCACCGAAUUUCUGUUUCUGGGUAAACCAAAAAACCUUUGAGCUUUGCCGCUAGCGUGCGACAUUCCUUGAGACAUCUUCAGAGAUGGAUGACGACAGCAAUCCAUUUCGAUCUUCCAAAUACGAAUCCCGGGGCCCAUCCAGCAACGUGAAUGCCACCAGCUACGAUUUCUAUCCUUCCUCCACGCAGUAUAAUCAGGCCACAGCACCCAGUGGCAGUCUCGGUGGCGCUCAAAGUCCGCCGAUUCCCCACUUUGGAUUCCCGGAGAAUUUCGAGACCCAGAAUGUGCCCUUGCCGCCGGAGGAUGACGCUGCGAUUAAAGCCAUCGAAGGAGCCAAAACCGUCAUGGCACAUCCUGUGUGGACAUGGAAAUUCUGGCAGAGUUUCUUCGAUGUCGACACAUCCGAGGUGUUGCGGCGGAUGUUUCUAUCAUUUGUACCAUACCCGAAAUACCUAAAAAGUGAAUCUGUCGAGGCUUUUAUUGGUGCUAAACCGGACUUAUACGGGCCGUUUUGGAUCGGAAGCACCUUGGUUUUUAUAAUUGCGGUACUGGGAAAUAUUGCCAGCUAUUUUCACAAUCGUGGAGAAAAUUUCAGCUGGGAAUAUGAUUUCAAAACAGUUUCCGCCGCUGCGAUAACUGUUUUUGUUUACAUUUGGGUGGUGCCGCUGAUUUUAUGGACGGUGUUAUGGUGGAUGAAAAUGCAUGGGAAUCUGAAAUUAUCCGGCGCUUUGUGCCUGUAUGGAUAUUCCAUGUGCAUCUACAUUCCAGUCUCGUUUUUAUGGCUGAUCAAUAACGUAUACGUCCAGUGGGUGUCGGCCCUGACGGCCGCCACCCUGUCCGGGAUUAUUCUGGCCUAUGUCUUCUGGAAUCAUCUGCACUACACGCACAGUGCCUCGGCCAUCAUCGUGGGACUGCUAGUGUUUGCCGGUCACUUGGCGCUCAGCUUCAGUUUCAUGGAGGUGUUCUUCCGGUAUCCGGAAAUGGCGAGUAUUUAUAACGGCACCACCACCAUCUCGCCAGCUGGACUGGAAGUGAAUUUGACGCACUUCUCCAAUACCAGCACACCGGACAAACCGGUGGCGGUGUCGCUGACACUGACGACAUCUCAGCCAACAACGGUAUCGCUGAUAAGUAAUGCCACGGAAAUCGGCCAGCAGCUAAACAACACACUGUCCCUUGUGGUUACCACGCUGUCAUCGCUGAUUGCCUCCAAUUCUUCUCAGCAUUCUCUGCAACCGGAAAUGGGCUGACAAAGACGGGAGCGAGAUUCUGAAACUCUGUUUUUAUAGUAAUUUUGUAACGCUUCAGUCUUGAUUAUCGUGAUAAAUUAUUUGUCAUUUAUGUAAGGAUAAGUGGAUGGUGGAUUCUGCUUUCGAUUAGCAGAAUAGGAAGAAUAUCCGUUUUGAGAAUUCGCAUUUUCUGCGUUGCUUAG